UCGGAGACCAACUUUAACAUGGCCGACAGACUCACACAGCUUCAGGAUGCUGUAGAUCAGCUUGCAAAUCAAUUUGUAGCGUCUCUGUACUACAUUAACAAACAUCAUGAGCUUCAGACUCUGAGCGCGACCGACAUAGUGCGGCAAGAAAAGAAGAGUGAGGAUGAAAAGGAGCAGCGACCAAACGAAGUUGAUCAUUACCCGCCGGACGUGUUCGCAGCUGGGCAGAAGGAAUUAGCACAAGAUCUUAUUGUCAAAGAGCAACAAAUUGAGGCCUUGAUAUCUAUGCUUCCGGGGCUAGAGAACAGUGAGAAAGAUCAAGAGGACACAAUCCGACAACUCGAGGAGGAACUCAAGGCUGCAGAGGCGCGGCGGAAGGAGGCUGUUAAAGAGAAAGAAAUGGUGCUGGCCAGAUUAGACAGGGUCAUCACGAGCGUGAAGAGACCUUGA